GAAUACUUCUUUUGCCUGCAUCUUUUGGGGUAGAAGAAGAAAUAAACUGUCAGAAGUUCUCACUUAUCUCUUCUGUGGGAAUUUUGUUGUCAUACUUCAGCGUAGAUGCAGAGUAAAGCAGUCCAAGAUCUAAGGAAAACUGUGGGAUAUGAACCCCUAUGCAGCUGUGACUGCUAGUUAUAAGAAAAGCUUUGAGUCCUCGGGGAGCAAAGGCUGGAGUUCAUGGUCUGUGAAGAAGUUUGAGACAGAGGUCUGAUUGAUAUUUUCUUUUGGUGCACAAACAAAACUCAUUUUCACAAGUGACUCUUGUCACAUUUGUUGAUGGUAUUCACAACAGUUCAAGGGACCUUAACGUUGGGUUAGCAUUUGGACUAAGCAUGGUUUCAACUCAGCUGUUUCUGCUACUGAGCAACUUCUGCUUAGCACUUCAAGUAAUGUCUAUCUUUUCCAGUGAGCAGCUUAUGCUCGAUGACUGUGAAGAGCCCGUCGCUUCCAGGAAUGUAUUAUCUCUGGCAGAAGUCUUGUUAAUGUCAGUUAUUGAUAAGUGAGAAGGUAAACAUGUGGCUCAUUCAGAACUGCACUUUCAGUGCUUUACCACUAGUCUGUUUUCAUGCACACGGCAGACCUCCAAAGAAAAAUUCUUCUACUAAGCCUUGAAAAAUGUGAUUUAGAGAUUCUUACUCUUGCUGAAUGCAAGGACACAGAGGACCAGAUCCUGAACUUCUAUAAAUAGAUCAAUUUCAAUAAAGUUACGGCAGUUGACAUCAAAUGAAGAUCUGGCCUUCACUUUAUGGGAUACUCUCUUGAGCUGCUGGAUGGAACUGACACUGGAGAGAGCCUUGAUGUCAGCGCAGCUGUGCAGAUUUUGUCAGUGGAUUUACCACCCUUCUCCCCCACCAUUCUUUUCUGCACCGUUUCCAAAAUUUCAAAUUCAAAAUCUAGGCAGAAAUGUUCCUGUCCUAUCUGUUCCAUAUCCCCGCCCUCAUUAGUUCACUUUAAAGGGAGUAAAACAUCUGUUUCCAAGUACAGCUGUGUGGUAUGUACGCUUUUUUUUUUCUCUGUACAAAAUCGCUAAAUCUGGCCAUUUAUGACAGAUUUUAUAGGAGCUGGAGUUGGGCUGUGCAAAGUUCACCUCAUUAAGAGCAAACUCAAACCAAAUAAAAGCAGAGAAUAAUAGCAUUAAAAAAACGUGGGCCAUGAAUGUCAGAGCGUAUGUAUUAGGAAUUGGUAGGAAAUGAAGGGGAAAGUACAGAUAUAUAAACAUAAACUAGGAGGUUGAUUUUUUUUUUUUUUUCCAAAAGGAAACGCACAUGGCAUUGGAGUGUCUACAGAAAGGGAACUUUGGCACAGAACACAGUGUUGAAUCCAGCAGACUUACUGAUUGGGGUCAUGUCGGUCAAACUCACAUUCGUCUCUUCUGGUGAUGGAGGUGGUAUCAGUAGGAGUUGUUCCUUCACUGGAUUCAGCACUGUGCAGAGCAGAAAAUUAGCAAAGUCUCUCAGCAGAAGCUCAGUAAGAUCAAGAAUGUCAUUGAAAUCCCCUAAGGCUUAUUCUUCACUGCAGAAAGGGGCAGUCAUCUGGGAUCCAAAACCACUGCAGGUGAAGAAAAUUUUUGAAGCUUUGAAGAAAGGACUUAAUGAGUACCUAGAAGCACAUCAGGCUGAAUUGGAUUAUCUCUCUGAUCGACACAAAGAUACAAAAAGGAACUCCAGAUUGGCCUUCUACUAUGACCUUGAUAAGCAAAUUCGCUCUGUGGAGAGAUACAUUAGAAAACUGGAAUUCCACAUAAGCAAAGUAGAAGAACUCUAUGAAGCUUAUUGUAUCCAGUGCAGACUACGAGAUGGCGCCACUAAUAUGAAACGUGCCUUUUCCUUGUCUCCUUCCACCAAAGCCUCCAGGGAGAGCCUAGUGGAGCUCUAUAAGAACUUUCAGGAGUGUACAGAGGACAUGUGCUUCAUAGAAGGGGCGUUAGAGGUCCAUUUAGGAGAGUUUCACUUGAAGAUGAAAGGCUUGGUGGGAUUUGCACGUCUCUGCCCAGGUGACCAGUAUGAGGUUUCUGUGCGACUGGGGCGCCAAAAAUGGAAGUUGAAAGGCAAGAUCGAGACUGAUGACAGCCAAACAUGGGAUGAAGAAGAAAAGAUCUUUAUACCCAAUCUCCAUGAGCAGUUUGAAAUCAAGGUGACAGAACUGCGAGGACUGGCCACAGUUCUAGUUGGUGUCGUGACAUGUGACAGCAUAAACUUCUUUACAGCCAAGCCUCAAGCAAUCAUUGUGGAUAUAACUGAACUGGGCACUAUCAAGCUACAGCUGGAAGUCCUCUGGAACCCCUUUGAUGCAGAGAACCUGUUCCUGUCGCCUGGAACCACGUCCAAGUUUUCUGUGGGUAGCAGGAAGAGCUCUCUGUACAACUGGACCCCUCCAAAUACUCCCAGCUUCAGAGAGAAGUACUACCUGUCUGUUUUGCAACAAAGACAGAACCAAGGGGAUGUAAGUGGUGAAGCUCAGCCUCCUAGCAUAUUGAGUUACUUGGCUGCCUGUGAUUUUGAUACACACGAGAGAAGUAAACCUCACAGUCCAGCAGAGACAAGUGAAGGAGACUCGUUCAGCUCUGAGGAUCAGAGAGGGACAGAAUCCAGAACUACACUUCCAGCUCUAGACCAUAGGACACUGCCAUUGAUGAUUAUUCAAGAGACUUGUGCAGAAGAGCAAAAGCCUCUUCCAAAUCAUGCAACUCUAGAUAUUCUGAAGAAGACUCCAUGUGUGGACACAUUUUCAAGUAACCCAUCUAGUUUCCUGAGUCGUGGAAAAGGCGGUAGAAGUUUAAACCAGACCAGAAGUCGCCAUCUGACAGAACAAGAAAGCCUUAGCCAGAAAAGCUUGAAUGCUGCAAAUGAUGUAAAACUGGAUGGAUGUACAAAGUCAAUUGACAAGACUCUCCAAGAAGUGUUUAAUUUGCUAAAAUUCCAUGGUGUUGGUCAAGCCCAGCUGGAGAAAUUGGAAUACCAAAUUUUAACUCUGAGGGAUAAAUUAAAGCUAAGGACACUUCAUCACAAACAUUCAUCUGUGGAAAGUUUAAUGGUGGAGACGGUGCUGGAAAGUUUUAACUUUUUAAAUGCUGACUGUAGUGCUGAUGAGAUUUCAUUAUUUGGAAGCAUAAGAACAGCCAGUAUCAGCAGCACGUACAAUGACAACACGUUUCAGUCCCUGAGCUGUGAUACGAAAACAGAAACAAGAGAUGUAACUACGGGAGAUGACAACUUAGAUGUGCUUUUAAUAACUCAUCUGAAGCUGUGCAAAGCUCUUCUGCAGAAACUGAGGUCACCAAAUGUUGCCCAGAUCAUCCAAGAGAAUGUUUUGGAAGAAGUGUCAGAGCAGUUGCGAGUCCUGGGGGAUGUCUUGGAUUUGUCUGUUGAAGAAAUUAUUCAGAAGACUAAGAAGAAGAAGCACUAUCUGAAAAUCUGGAGUGAUGUUGCAGAACCUGGCAGUAUCUUCUUUGCUUCAGCAGAAAGAUUCCGUCACGUACUGAAGUACAUGUUGGCAGUCAAAGUGAAGGAAAAGUACCCUGGCCAAUUAGAAGCAGUUUUGCAAAGACUGCUAGAGCAGAUCGUCACCUGUGAUGGCUUGCUGCCUUCUCCAUAUCUCCAAACAGAACCAGUUACUUUAUUCCAAUUUUACAGCUACCUGGAGAAACACCGGAUUACAAGCCUGGAAAAACACGUAGGAAGACUUGCUAAAGAAGUGAUGCUAAUUGAGGAGCUACAGUGCCCUGGACGGCUGAAGACCCUUAAAAAAUUGAAAGGGAAGCGUCUGAAUCGGCUCCAGCCUCUACCGCAGACUUUGCGGCUACUUGGGAUUUUACAGCUUGAUGACAACCACCGCGUCAGCAAAGCAGCCACAUCCUGCCUCUCCCGUGCAGCAGCAAACAAGAACUUUAGGGAAAAGGCUCUCCUUUUUUACACUGAUGUUUUAGUUGGCUGUGAUACAAGACUUCAGCAAGCUGCGUGUUUGGCCCUUAAAAAUCUCAGAGGCAUAGAGAGUAUUGAGCAGGUUGCCCACCUGUGCCAGUCUGAAACAGAGGAUGUAAGGAAUGCAGCCAGGGAAACAACGCUGUCCUUUGGUGAAAAGGGACGACAAGCCUUUGAGAAAAUGGACAGGAUUUGCUGUGAAUUGAGGGAUGCUGUGCAGCAGGAGGCUGAAAUUGAGAUCACAGUAUUCUAGUAGUGGAGUAUAAGGAGCUAAGUCAUUCUUUCCUCACAGCUACUUAUGGGUACCCGAGGGUUUACUUUUGUUGCUUAUUAGCAUCUUUACUUUCACUCUGCUAUGUACAUGCUGCCUACUGACAGUAGUUUUGUUUCCAAGGUGGACACAGUUUGCAAUCUAAAUCAAAUAGACUGGAAUCUUUGUUUUUUCUUUUCACUUUCAGUAUUGAUAAUCUGAAAUGCUGAAGAAAAAAACAAACUGGGAUCUGUAAGAAUGUCAAACCAGGCUGCAGCAUGAUUGAAGCCUACGUCACAGAACUGGCUGCGCCCACACAAACUCAGUUGUGUGCCAUCUGUUCUGUUUGCAUUUCUGCAAAGAAUGAAAUGAUGGUGCUCCAAUAGUCCAUCCUAGAACCUUGCUGACAGCCAGUUGUUUACAUCAGCUGCCGUGUGAAUUAGAAAAUCUAGCAGUAUUGCUUGCUGGUUUCUCUUUUUUUAAUAGAAUUUUGCUGCAGAAGGAACAAUGGCUCCUUGUUUCAAAAGCUUUUUUUUUUUUUUUUUUUUUUAAAUCAGUGCAACGUAGGACAGGCUUCUUGAGCAGGGAUUGGCAAGGACAAAUAGUGUAUAUCCUCUGCAGCUGACAAGGGGAAGUUAUUUAUCAUAUUAGCCAUGUACAAAUCAGACUGCCAUACAGACGGAGCUGUGUAAGCUUUUUAGGAAAAAAAGCAUUUUCUUCCUUUAGCCAUAGGUCAAGGUUUGUAUAAUCACAUGCCCACUGCCAGGCUCCUUACUCUCCGCUGGUAACCAUGGUGGUAACCAUGAUGUGAAGUCUGGCUACAGGUAAAAUACUUGAAAAAGCCUGUGUGUAUAUAUUUUAUAUAUAAUACUUUUUCUAUUCAGUAUUUAUUUGUUGGAUUUCAUACUUUCUGGACUUCUAAUAAAACUUUUGAGACAAACCCUGCACAUCCUUCAUGUGGCCGUACAGACAGAGUGAUGGGGAGAGGUGCAUCUGAACGGCAAUUUAGGUUCUGCAUUCCAAGCCAGGCUGUGUGUCCACUAUAUUCUUCAUCCACCCCGUCCUAUCUGCUCUGCCAGCUUCAGGCUGGUGCAGUCCAAGCAGGCUGGGCUGCUGCUGUGCUAUCAGUAUUGCCUUGGAACGUGCAGCAUCCUGAAACCCCGCAGCUCUUCUCUCCUGAGCUCUGAACUGCGGUGUUCAGGUCAUGCUGCCGCAUAGCAAGCUUUAACCGCACUCAGAGGCGGUCGCUCAUAGAUUUUGUAACUCUGCUUUU